AUGGCGACCCUGGCCCUCCACCAGCACGGCAAGAGCCGCGUGCGAGUCGGUCGCGUUUGGCGUGAGGGCAGCGUGCACACCUUUGCCGAAUUCAAGGUGGCCACCACCCUGGAGAGCGCCAUGGAGCACGCCUUCCUCACCGAGUCGAACGAGGGCAUGACAGCCACCGACACCCAGAAGAAUACAGUGUACUAUGUGGCCAAGCAGAUGAAGAAGCCCUGCGGCCCUGAGGAGUUUGCCCUCGCCAUUGCCAAGCACUUUGUAGACAACUACCCCCUGGUCUCCAAGGCCAAGGUCUUUGUGGAGAUGGAGCCCUGGAAGCGCAUCAGCGUCGACGGCGUGCCCCACUCCCACGGCUACAUGAUGACCGGGACGGAGAUCCGCACCGGCUACGCGACCUACGACAAGGCCGGCAAGGCUGCCAUCCAGGGCGGGGUGAAGGAGCUCAAGGUGCUGAAGACCACGCAGAGCGGCUACUCCGGCUUCCUGCACGACAAGUUCACCACGCUGCCAGACGUCCCCGACCGCAUCGUGGCCACCUCGGUGACCGCCACCUGGAAGUACAGCGCACCCCCGCCCUGCUUCGACCCCGCGUUCGAGGGCGUGAAGGCCGGGUUCGCCGCCGCCUUCUACGGCCCGCCCGCCAAGGGCGUGUUCAGCCCCAGCGUGCAGUACACGCUGUACCGCAUGGCCCAGAAUGCGCUGAGCAAUGUGCCGCAGGUGGAGUCGGUCUUCCUCAACAUGCCAAACCUGCACUUCCUGCCCUGCACACCGGUCCUCAGCCGCUUUGAGAACGACGUGUUCCAGUCUGUGCUAAACAGUUUGGGGCUGUACAACAAAAACGCCAAAAUCCUCUUCCUGGGCCUGGACAAUGCCGGCAAGACUACGCUCAUGCACAUGCUGAAGGAUGAGAGGCUGGCACAGCACCAGCCCACACAGUACCCGACCUCGGAGGAGCUCCAAAUGGGGGGCAUCAACUUCAAGGCCUUCGACCUGGGGGGGCACGAGAUUGCGCGCAAGGUGUGGAAGGACUACUAUGCCAAGGUGGAUGCAAUCGUCUUCCUCGUGGACACCGCCGACCGGGAACGCUUCCACGAGUCCAAGAAGGAGCUGUCCUCCCUCCUCUCCGACGACUCCCUGGGUGACGUCCCGUUCCUGGUGCUGGGGAACAAGAUCGAUCUGCCGCAGGCUGCCUCCGAGGAUGAGGUCCGGUAUGCCCUCGGCCUGGCCAACCUGACCACGGGCAAGGGCAAGGUCGACGUCAAGUCCCUCACCAUGCGCCCUAUCGAGAUCUUCAUGUGCAGUGUGGUGCGGCGGAUGGGCUAUGGCGACGGCUUCCGCUGGGUAUCCCAAUUCAUCAAGUGA